AUGACUGACUCAAAUUCAACUGACUCUGAACUCGAAAAAAGUAGCAAAGAGCUUCUUACUGUUGACACCAUUUGCCACUAUCUUGACGAUGCUGCGCAAGAUGCUCUGGAGACCAAAGAUUAUCUGUCUUAUCUAACUGUGAUCGACAUUCACCUUGCUACUGAUCCAGAAAAGUUUUCCGUUGAGGAAAGGAUUCAACUUUUGGAAAAGCUUUUGAAAAUUUUACAAGAGAACGAUGAACUCUUGUAUGAAAUUGGUUGGGAUAUUCCUGCUCUUUUGUUCCAAUACCAUGGACUUGAAUGGGAUGAUCUCCGAAUAGAACUAAAAAACUCCAAAGGUAGGAUGGCAAUGUUCCAUAUAUUUGAACUCUUAGCCGAGAAGGGUAAUGCAAAGGAGCUUUUGCUCAAAUGUUGUGAGUUGCUUCCUCGAUGUGUCGAUUCAAGCAGUGAGAACAAUGACAUUAUUUUCAAAUUGAGGUUUCAUUCUCUAUUUGAACUAAUGGUAGCAAGUCAAAGACGAAUAGUAUCUAAUUAUCCUUCUCGUUUUCUUGCGAUGAUGAUACCCCCAGUUAUAAACUUGCUUUCCAACAAACUUGAAAGCCCAAUCUUUGUUUUAAGAAGAAUAUAUACAUUAUUGAGAGAUUACCACCCUUGCUUGAGACCAGAUGUGAGUGAGAACACAACUGCUGAGGAUAUACGAGAGCUGUCGCUUUUGCAUACCCAGGAGAAUUAUCUUCAAAGGAAGCUUCUAACAACGUUUUUGACACAUUCUAUUGAAUUGCAAUCAAAUACGAUUAAGGUACUAGUUGCUCCAACUGUUUUUGAGAAGUUGGAGAAAAGUGUUCACAGCCAAAAGUUAGGCUUGCAUUUGAACUCAGAAUUCCACCGUGAAAAUAUGAUUCUUUUGGGACGGUUCGUUACUCUGUCACAAUCUUACGAUAUAAACCUAGAAGAAGAGAUUAAAAAGCAAAUUGAGGAGACAGAAACGCUCUUUUCUCAGCUUGACCACAACCAGGAGUUGGAUACACUGAAUGAUAAAAUAUUUUCUCUGGUGAUUGAGAAUUUUAACGGCACCGGUUUACAUGACAAAGAUUUGAAGGAAUUACCCCUCUCCAGUAUUGGAUGUAUUAUUCUUUACACUUUCAAUGUUCUGAUAGAAAAUCCUUCUGCCAAGUCUUACUCUAUUUUAGACUUUGAAAAGGUGGUUAAACUCUCUUUGAGGUUUUUAUUACCUUCGAUGCUAAAUCCGAACUUAACUUCUUACAGUUUGGACGAUGCCCUGUAUGCUUGGGCAUGGGUCACAGUGUCCAAAGAGAACAAUUUAUCCCAAAUUCCAGAAAUACUCAUAACAACGUAUCUUCAGCUGCUCAUCACCAAAUCUACCAUUAACUUCAGUGAUUAUCUAGCGCCUUUGGAAGCAAAGAGUCGAAACAUCAUUCUGUACACGUUAAUCAGCCGUGUAUUGUCUCUGGUUCACGAGUCCACGAGCUGGAAUUUUCUCAAAGAUUCACUGACUACUUGUCCCUUCAACAACGCUAGAUCAGUGUUGUUAUCUAUUCUGAAAGAUUUGUGCCUAAGAAGUAGGAAUAUCACUGUUGCAAGUCUGAACGAUAAAUUAGAAAAAGUUGACCUGAAUACCAAACCAACUAUUCCAGCCAGAGACAUUCCUUAUAUUACUUUGAGCCAGGCCAGGGGUGACGACAUUGUAAGAUUGGCUACAGAUACUGUAAACAAGACACUGGCUGGCAAAGAAGUUAAAGAAGAUGAAGUUAUUUUAUUGUUGAGCUACAUCAAUUUUAUUACAGCUCUGAAAUCCAAAAUUGAACCUCAGUCUAUUAACAGGUUCAUCGAGCUUGUAAACAAAAAGCUAAAAAACAUAGAUCCUGAGGACAACAAUGGCCAUUUGAUCAAACUGGCUGUGGAAAGAGUUUCUCAGUAA